AUGAGAGGCACGUACGAUGCGCUCGUUCGUUCCGCAUCGUAUGGAAGCAUUGCACUCUGGGCCUUGACUUUGCUCUCAACCUGGUAUUUAUGGUCGUGGUACCGAUUACGACACAUCCCAGGUCCUUUCCUCAACUCUCUUUCGAUUCUGCCAAUGCAGCGUAUGACAACAGGUGGAAAAUUGAGUUUCGGGCUGAAAGAUUUAGGAGACAAAUAUGGACCAUUGGUCCGCGUUGGUCCAAAUGAAGUCUUAUUCGGCGAUCCGGACACAUAUCGCAAGAUAUCUGCGGUCAGGUCGGACUUUAUCAAAGGUCCUUGGUAUUCUCUCUCCAAGGUCGUGCCUGAUCAAGACAGUCUUUUUUCGAUGAGGGAUGAUGACCUGCGAAAGGAGUACAGAGCGAAGCUGAGUCCUGGUUAUGCCGGUAGAGAAAAUGGUGGUUUCGAACCCGGCGUUGACAGAAUCGUCGCGCAACUCGUCAACCUUGUUGAAACAAGAUACAUCUCCACAUCAGAGGAAUUUCGACCGAUAGAGUUCUCCCAUAAAUCUCAAUAUUUUGCCCUCGAUGUCGUCAGCGAGCUUUCUUUCGGAGAAGCGCUUGGAUUUCUUGCAAAUGACGAAGAUUUAUUCAGUUACGUGGCAACUAAUAAUCUCAUCUUUCCGUAUCUCGCAGUCAUGCUCAACGUGCCGUGGGUGGGCAUCUUCAUGCAGCAGUGGCCAUUGAACAAGCUGCUGCCCUUUUCGAGCGAUGAGUUUGGCUUUGGGAAGCUUAUGGGAAUAGCGAAGAAUCUGGCAGACAAAAAGCUAGCCGCCGUAGCGGAUGAAAACAACAUGGUCCAGCAACAUCUUCGUAACGGGGUGACGUACAAGGAGCUACUGGCAGAGAUCUUCCUGGAAUUAAUAGCUGGCUCGGAUUCUACCGCAACGGCGAUACGAAUGACCAUGCUCUGCCUGCUUAACACACCGGCAUCCCUUGGUGCCUUGCGCCGCGAGAUGGACCAAGGCAUCGCCCAAGGCCGCAUCAGCUCCCCGAUCCGCGACUCGGAAGCCCGCCAGCUACCUUACCUACAAGCCGUCAUCAGAGAAGGCAUACGCAUGUACCCACCGUCAACGGGCCUCAACUACAAGCAAGUUGCCAAAGGCGGGACAGAGCUCCACGGGCAGUUCUUGCCAGAGGGGACGCAGUUGGGUGUCAAUGUCCAGAAGUUGAUGAGAUCCAAGGACACGUUUGGCUGUGACGCGGACGUGUUCCGGCCAGAGCGGUGGCUGGAAGCAGUCGCCGAAGACGAAGAGCGCUUUCGAGACAUGUGUGGUGUAGUUGACCUCGCGUUCGGGCAUGGUCGGUUUCAGUGUCUUGGGAAGACUAUUGCGGCCAUGGAGUUGAACAAGAUCUUCAUUGAGCUAUUCCGGAGAUUCGAUUUUGCGGUAGUGACUCCUCAAGAGCCUCUCAAGCUUUACGACGCUGCUUUCUGGGUUACAACCGAUUUCUGGUUGCGAGUGGUACUGAGGUCGAGUGAAUCUUCGUGA